AUGGAGCGAUUGCAGAAGAUUGCCAAGGAGCACACCCAGCGCCGCCACGAUGAGAUGAUCCAGUUGGAGACAAAGAAGAUGGAGGCUGAGAAAGAGAGGGUCGAGGUCGAAAAGAAGAAGGCAGAGCAACAGGUGUUGGCCUCCAAGCUAGAGAUGUGGCACAAGCACGUGUUGUUCAACAUGGAGAGACGAGGUAUGUUGUAUGAGGCUGCUGCGGCGGAUGCAAGCGUGGUGAUGCCUUCCUUCAUGAGCUAG